AUGUCCUUGCCUCACCUCGCUCAAACCCCUAAUGGGUUCCAGCUUGUCGUCAAAGACAAGCCGGUCCUCCUCCUUCCGGGCGAACUACACAACUCCUCGCUCUCCUCUGCCAGAUACAUGUCCACUGUUUGGAAUUACAUGAAAGAACAAUGCAUCAACACCCUUCUCGGCGCCGUUACCUGGGAAAUGGUCGAGCCCGUUGAGGGUCAAUUUGACUUUACCGAACUGGAUUCGGUCAUUACUGACGCACGGAAACACGGGCUAUAUCUAGUAUUACUCUGGUUCGGAAGUUAUAAGAACGGAGUCUCGACGGUGCAAGUUUGGGAUGCGGACAAAGGUCGGAAGAGGACAAUCGAGAUGAUCAGUCCGUUCACCGAGGAAGGGUGGAAAGCUGAUGCGCGCGCGUUCGGGAAGCUAAUGGAGCACCUGAAGGAAUUUGACAGCCAACAUAGUACAGUCGUCAUGGUGCAGGUUGAGAAUGAGACGGGCCUCCUGGGAGACUCGAGGGAUCGGUCGACUGUGGCGGAGAGGGUAUUUGCAAAAGGUUUUCCUCCUGAGCUUCUUCGUCAUCUCUCUACAUCCAAGAGUCUACAUCCUCGGUUUAUCGAACGCUUUGGAAACAGACUUCCACCCUCGGGUGAGAUCAACGAUGGUCAGACCUAUGCCUGGGAAAGCAUCUUUGGCCCUGGCACCGCAGCAGACGAAGCCUUCAUGGCCCACUAUAUUUCAGAGUACGAUUACACAGUCCCCACAACGAAUCCACUGUUUAUACCUGAACAACGGCGCGAUGACCAUGGAGCAAGAAGGGUAUGGCUGGCGUACGCAAGUUAUGGGGCACUAGGCACGAGCCCUUUUGGUGUUGACACAGAAGCUACAAAAAUCGGAAAAGAAUAUAGGCUUCUUUCACAGACAGCAGGGUAUCUGCUCAACUCCCCCCCAAGGCAGCGGAUGGGAUUUUUCUUCGAUGAGCUGCCGGAGACCGGUUCACCAAAAGGAAAGCAGAAGUGGACAAAGGUGUUCGGAAACAUCGAAGUGAUUAUUGAACGCGCCUUUGUUUUCGGAAAACCUGGUCCUGGUGGGGGCAUGAUAAUCCAGCUGUAUGACGAAACGUCAUACAGGUUUCUUGUGGUUGGACGCGGAUUCCAGGUCCGGUUUCGUGGGCUAGACGACACCGUUACAUUCACAGGGAUCUUGGAAGCGCAGGAGAAGGAGGUCGAUAGUGAAACAGGCGAGCUUAGGACGUUGAGAGUGUUGAAUGGCGAUGAGACAAGAAGCGGCGAGUUUCUUAUCAUGCCGAACGAGGACCCAGACUAUGGAGGGUUCCCUAUUGCUGUCACCAUCCCGGCGAAAACAUAUAUUGCGGAGGUAGAGGCCUAUACUAUUUGCGAGAAAAAAAUCUAG